AUGGAGAAUGAGGAGAUCUCCGCCUCUCAUGGGGCUGAUCCUUCGCGCACCCACCACCAAAAUGACCCUCGCGAGCUUGUAGAUUUGACUGGAAGUGUCUACAGCACAGUUCCAUCUGGCUUCGAGCCAGUCCUUACAUUUUCAUCAGAGGACCUUCCAGGAAAAGACAGAGAGGAUGUGACAGUCAUCGACAAGGUUGAUGGCACUUCCAUCAAAGAUGGCGCGAUGAUCAUAGGUACCGAGACUUGGGAACCCUUCACUUGGUAUACAAGGCAUAAGCACGAGACGUUCACUCUUGUCUUGCGUCCUACGGAGACCACGAGCAGCGAUAACGAUAUACUCAGUAUAAUCAGUCAUUUGACGCUGCCAAGUGCAACUCCGACAACCUUGAGCGAGGAGUUGACUUCAAGUUCGUCGACUGAGAGUUUGGCAAUUCCGACUACUGCAUCCUCCAGCGGCUCUCUUUCUUCAGGUGGAUGGACUUUCGUAUUCGUUAUAGCCGUAUUUUUGUUUAUAUUUUCCAUCAUUGCCGCUGUGGUUCUAGGGCUCCGUUGGCGUUCCAGGCACAAUCAGAACAAUUUCAACUUCCAGCUCGACAAUGGUUCCUUUGGGCACACCUACACGGAGCCUGUGCAGCCUGUCGAGCCAGCGCCAGCGAUUCUGAAAUCAUAA